UUUUUGGGCCACUACUACACUACCCAACUAUUGAAAGGAGUGAAUUGCAUUCAGAAAGAACUGAUUUUCCCUUCAAGUCAGCUGCAGGCCACAGUUAUGCUCCUUGUGGUCUUCAGUUUUACAUCCUGGACUCUCCCGUCCCGAGCACUAUUUGUUCUCACUUCAGUCUGUGGUCUGAUACACCAGAAGAAAACCUCGGGGGAGAUUUGUUUUUCAUGUCUCUUUUUAAAUCUUAAGUAAGUAAGUUUAAGUAGCAAUACUUCAGUGAAGAAAUACUCUGUUACAAGUUAAAGUCCUGAGCUUAAGUAGAGACACAGAAGUAUAUUCGGCAAAAUGUAGUUAAAUUGUGAAAAGUAGAAGUGCUCAUUACGCUGCAGAAUGGCCCCUUUUAGACCAUUAUAUUAUUGGAUUAUUGCUAGUGAUGAAAUACUGCAUGAGCAGCUUUUUUAUGUGGAAGCUGAGUUGAAUUUGAACUGAUUAUAUACUGUUGGCUGCUUUAAUCUGUAACUAAGCAUCGUCCUGCUUUGUACAAACAAAUCCUGUGUUUUGUGUGUAAAAUCUUAAUCUGUAACGUAACAAUAGCAGUCAAAUACAUGUAGUGCUCUGAGAUCAUGCUGUUGCUUUAGAGAAUGGAGGUUUUUGCAGCCUUUUUCAAAAUCAGAUGUGGAAACUGUCCGGCAGAAUAACAAUCAACUCCGACUUUUGUUUUGAAAUUUAGGACUUGGUUCUUGUAUCCUUCUCUAUGGUGUGUAUGACCUUAUGUAACAAUGAUAUAACCAACUGUGUGUGUGUGUGUGUGUGUGUGUGUGUGUGUGUGUUUGAAAGAACAUGGUCACAGAUGCCACAAUCAAUUAACAAAUUAAAAUGAACACUACGUUUCACCAUGAGCUUUGUUUUAAGAGGCCUGAUAUUUUACUUCUUAAGAAAUGUGACUGAGUGUGAUUGGAGUUUACACGCCUAUUGGCUUCAUCUGUUUUGGAGAUUAAAACUUUAUCCAAACAAGGAGGUCACGAUCAAACUGCAUGACCUCUGUAUUUUUAAAGUUUUGGCCACAGCCCAGAAUGUAGUGAAAGGUGCAAUAUGUUCCUCUAAAAUGUAGCGGAGUGAAGGAUUACAGCUCAGUUGCAUUAUUUUAUUAAAAGUGAUUUGGUGGCAUGUAAAGCUGCAGGUAUACUAGAUAUCUGUGAUCACUAAAGAGAUAUGAGCCAACAUUAUAAUUGUAGUAAAUUGUAUUAAUUGCAGCAAUCACACUGAUUCUGUCUUUUUGUGCCUUCGCUUAUUAUUAUUAUUAUUAUCUUAUUAUGAUGCUGAGCCUUUUUUUCUCAGAACACAUUCUAACUCAUUAUGUUUAUUGAGUACAAACUCCCUUAAAAUGUCUAAAAUCCAAAUAUUACACAAUGAACAUUAGUAUAUACUGUAAUCCAUUAGAGCCUGGCUCCAUUCACUCUACUGCAUCUACUGUAAAGCUCUGCCAAUACAUUAAGAUCAAAGACUUUAUACAGUCGUCAUCAUCAUCGUCAUCAUUAGUGCUUGCAGCAAUCACAUACAUUACCUUGACGACAUGCUUCUCACAUUUUAAGUUGUUCAGUGCUGAACCACAACUGAUCUUGAUUUUGCCCAUUUUUUCAAGACUUUGUGUCAUUUUAUUGAAGAGAAAAAGCAAAACAGGAUGCUCCAGAUAUGCCAAAAUAAAGUUCAGAAAAAAUGUUUCCUUUUUACAAAUUAAUGACACUGAGCAGAUAAUAUCGUCUUUAACAUAUGUUGUCAAAUGUUAUGAUAUUAAAAACACUUAUUUAUUUUUAUUAUGAUUAUAUAAAUACCUAUUGGUGCUGUAACGCACAUGGACAUUUAUAUCUGUAGGAAUUAAGCAUUUUCCUGUCACUGUGCGUGGAAAGCAGCACCCUUCAGAGCGCACUCGAGCUGUGGUAAUACUUCCUCAGCUUCAAAAAAAAAAAAAAACGAUUCAAAUUUUAGGGACGCUCUUGUAUUUGAUCCUUUCCAAGAAUGAGGAAGAAAAAAAAGGAUCUUUAUGAUUUGUCCGCCUGCGUUUCUUCUCUCCGCCUUGUUCCGCGCUGCGGAGCUGCAGUGAUGUCAGCCUGAAUGGGUCAUAUGAAGGUCAGCAGCCUCGGAAGGGUUCAUGCAAAGUUCACUCGCAUAUAUUAGGCAAUUCAAUCUUUCAUUCUCGGUGGCAAAACUAGUUGGAAAUGAGCUGCACGGGGGGACGGAUAACCCAUUCGUCAUCGGAGAGGAGAACGUGCGUUUAAACGCUGUCCGUGAUAUUUUUGAGAAUAGAAAAGAAGGAUCCUCCAGUUCAUGCGGGCUUUGCCGCUGCUGGUAACCGGGACGGGACGACUUCAAUGAAAACACGUCGGAUAUCAACAUCAUUAUUAUUAUUACGAAGAAGUCCCGUUCACACGUCCGUGGCAGCGCGCUGACUGGACACGAUGCGAGGAAAUGGCAAAGGAGCAUUUAGAGCAGCCGUGGAGCAUUUUGGUCCGAAAUAAUUCAUGAUUCCGGUGCGGGACGAAGGAGAACAAGAGGAGCGAAAUCUGCCGUGCCAAGAAGAAGAAGGAGAAGAAGAAGGGGAGGAGGAGGAGAGGAGCAGCAGGAGGAGGAGGAGGAGGAGGAGGGGGGAGAAUCAGCGGAGUUUGAUGGAGUUGUGUGCGCUUAUGCCGGUGAUUUUUAUCCAUAACGCACAAGACUAGUUGAACGACGCGCCGUCAUCAUGUUUGACUGCAUGGACGUGCUGGCCGUGAGUCCCGGGCAGAUGCUGGAUUUCUACACGUCCAGCCCGUCCUCCUGCAUGCUGCAGGAGAAGGCUCUGAAAGCCUGCAUCAGCGGACUGGCGCACAGAGAGUGGCAGCACCGCCGGAGCGCACACUCCAUUGAAACGCAGAGCACCAGUUCUGAGGAGCUCGUCCCCAGCCCGCCAUCCCCGCUGCCCCCUCCUAGAAUCUACAAGCCCUGCUUCGUCUGCGAGGACAAGUCCUCUGGAUACCACUAUGGUGUCAGCGCUUGUGAGGGCUGCAAGGGUUUUUUCCGCCGAAGCAUCCAGAAGAACAUGGUGUACACGUGUCACCGGGACAAGAACUGCAUUAUCAACAAGGUGACGAGGAACCGCUGCCAGUACUGCCGCCUGCAGAAGUGCUUCGGAGUGGGAAUGUCCAAAGAGUCUGUUCGAAAUGACCGGAAUAAGAAGAAGAAGGAGAGCCCAAAGCUGGAGCUGGCAGAGAGCUACGAGCUGACAGCCGAGCUGGAGACCAUCAUUGAAAAGAUUCGUAAGGCCCAUCAAGAAACCUUCCCCUCCCUCUGCCAGCUUGGCAAAUACACCACGAACUCGAGUGCAGACCACCGUGUGAGGCUGGACCUGGGCCUGUGGGACAAGUUCAGCGAGCUGGCCACCAAGUGCAUUAUCAAGAUCGUGGAAUUUGCCAAACGAGUGCCUGGCUUCACAGCGCUGACCAUCGCGGACCAGAUCACGCUCCUGAAAGCUGCCUGCCUGGACAUUCUGAUCCUGCGCAUCUGUACGCGGUACACCCCCGAGAAGGACACCAUGACCUUUUCAGAUGGGCUGACCCUCAACCGGACGCAGAUGCACAACGCUGGCUUCGGCCCGCUCACCGAAUUGGUGUUCACAUUUGCCAACCAGCUGCUGCCCAUCGAGAUGGACGACACGGAGACAGGCCUCCUCAGCGCCAUAUGUCUCAUCUCCGGAGACCGUCAGGACCUGGAGGAGCCCUCAAAGGUGGACAAGCUCCAGGAACCGCUCCUGGAAGCUCUGAAGAUCUACGUGAGGAAGCGUCGGCCCAGCAAACCGCACAUGUUCCCCAAAACCCUGAUGAAGAUCACAGACCUGCGCAGCAUCAGCGCUAAAGGAGCAGAGCGGGUCAUCUCUCUGAAGAUGGAGAUCCCAGGUUCGAUGCCGCCGCUUAUCCAGGAGAUGCUGGAGAACUCGGAGGGCCAAGACAGCAGCAGCAGCAGCGGCACUAGCAGCAGUCGUAGCAGUAGUGGCAGCAGCGGCACCAGCAGUAGCAGCAGCAGCGGCACCAGCAGUAGCAGCAGCAGCAGCAGCACUUCGGCUGAGGCGGGGGGGGCCAGCCCCAGCAGUAAGGGCAGCCCCAACGAGGACGCCGCUGCCGCUGAGUCGCCGGAGUCGUUGGACACCGAGGGGGCUGCGGCCACGCCGCCCAGCGACGAGCCCUAGUAGACUCUCUAUGACAUUCCUUGGCACAAAAAAGGAACAGCCAGGCAAGGCCCCGACCCCCUAUAACCCCCCUCUACCCCAACUCCUUUGCUUGGUAUUACGUUAUAUCCUCGCCCUAUUUCUUCUUCUCCUGAAAUUCCCUCCUUAAAAAAAAGAAAAGGUCAACACGGAGGCCUCAAAAGGAUCAGUGCUUUGUGUAUAGUUCUGAAUUCAGCUCUUAUUUGGCGUGGUGUCUCUGGGACAGAGGCUGUGACAGGAAGGGCGUGGCCCUCGCAAACCGCCAGAGAUGAUACUCCUCAGGUCUCCUGUGUAAAUUCUUAUCUGCAUGACGGGAGUUUGAUAAGUGGUUUUACUCCUCCCUCUCUCUCUCUCUCUCUCUCUCUCUCUCUCUCUCUCUCUCUGUCUUACUCUGUCCUCUUCUCAUCUCUCAUAUUGUCGGCAUACGUACAUUGUACAUACCAUUGUAUGGUUAGAUCUCUGUUUCUAUGAUGAAUUUUGUGGUGCUUUUUUCAUUGUCUUAAAUAUUAUCUUUGAGGCGACGCGUCAAGGUUAAGAGCGGGACUGAAUUGUAAGUCCUUCAAAACAGUUAUCUAGAAUGUUAUUGCAUAUAGACAUUAUGGAAGUCUAAUAUUUUAUAUUUGUUCCUAUAUUUAAAACGGUUUCUGUCUUUUAUAACACUUCUCGGUUCAUGUCUCCACAUGAAUGAGUGUACAUCCACGCCGCCAGAAUGCGAAGCUUCUCUCCAUAUCGACAGCCGCGUCUGUUCAACUGUUUCCUCGUAAGGAGGGAAGCACAACAGCAGAAGCCUUCGAUACACACUCAUCAGAUUGACCGCGUCCGUCUGAGUCUCGGUCUCGACAUGAAUCACAGAGACCCGACGAGCGAGAUUAGAUUUAGCACGAGCCAGUCUAUGAAAUCAACUCAUCUGGUGGCUGUAUCUCCUCACUAAAUCAGUUUACCUCACUGUCAAAACAAAUUGGGAAAAUGAGGUUGCUGAUAGAUGCCAGAGAUUUCUUUUUUUCUGCAGCAGGCUGUGAUCACAUAGGACGCUUUCUUUGUAUCCAUUUCCCUGUUAGCGUAUUCUUCAGCUGGACCGUGAUUCAACUUAAACUGUGUCGCACUUUAUGAUCACCUGGUCAGUUGAGGGGUUUAACAAGUUUAACAAGCCAAUGUUGUGCCACAGUUUGUUUCCCUUAAAGGAAUCCUAUCCCCUACGGCAUCAUCACGCUUAUGUUUUACUGCUCUCAAACCACAAGUCACUGAGUCUGAUUAAGAACAAGUCUGGCUUCACAUUACUCUACUUAUUUGUUAAUCUAAUUUCCACCAACAUGAUUUCAUUGUUCAGUGGAAAAGAUACAAGUAAAAAAAAAAAAAGAAGGUCUGAUUGGCAGGGAAAGUAAUUUAUCAGAGAAUGCAAAUGUUGGCACAACAACUGAGAUGAAAGUAAAUCCUUGAAGCAGACGUCUUGUAUCCACAUUCUCUGCUUCCAGACUGGCAUGUUGCCCUCCUGUUAGCGAGCAGAGCCAGCACCCGCUUCCUCUUGCCUGGUGUGAAGAAAGUCUGUGUAGCAAGAGGCAAGAAAGGGAAUACGCUGAAGUAGUGCAUUGACUUGACGUAAUGUCCUUUACACGCAACAAUCUAACGUAAGCUAACAUUAACUAGCAGAAGCCACCAUGAACUGACGGUCAUACAGAACAAAUAAGGUUAUAGCAGCAAAAAAAAAAGUUGUUUUAUUACAACUUUGGUCUUUUGUGGUCGUAGUUUUGUCCAUCCCUUUUAAUCAGUUAUGCCAAUGUUGUUCUUACAACAGCAACAGUAAGUUCAAGUUUUCUGAAAUUAUGUUUAAAUAAUUUGUUUAAAUAUGCAAUGAGGCAUGAUCAUAUAUGUGCUAAUUUGUAUACAUUUCCAGAGCAGUAAUUGGAUGAAGCCUGGUUUAAACUUCUUAUCUCAUUUUGUUGACAUAACAGAGUCAAAGGAUUUUACUGAGAGAAUUUUGGAUAUCUCUUUUUAUCACUCCAUAAAUCAGAAACUACUGUCAACAGCCACAACAAAAUCCGUUUUUGCCAUAUGUUUAGGAAUAACAUCUUAUAUAAAUUAGGCUAUGAAUGAUGUAUGAACAAACCCCUCAGUAAAAUCAUUUCAGAAUAUAGAUAGGAAUGAAACUGGAAAAAUCUCAUUUGGAGAAAACAGCGUUGCUUCGUUUUGUAUUCAAGCGGUCAGUCUGAUCACAGCCUUUGAUUUUUCUCUUUUUUUUUUGAAUUGCCUGACUGUCAACCUAAUGAGUGUGUAUCUACCGCUAACAGCAUGUACUACAAACCGCGCUCUACAAACGCACAUGGGCUCUGUUAUGGCCUUAUGAGCAGAGCUCCUCAACCCGCUUUUCUCUCCCUUUUCAGAAGUGUCUUGUUAGAACCGGUGGAACACGGGGGCAAUGCAAUCCUUAAAAACACACUGAUGACCGGACCGUGUGGGUCGGGACGAUUGUACACUUAAUGUAGAAAGCACACAGUGGGGUGGGAUCCACAAAACCCUCUCUGAACGUUCGCCUUGCUCUCUCAGACUUGACGGUGUAAGGUACAUUCAAUGAUGCAAAACGAGAUUCCUGAAGCUCUCGAGAAGCUUCUCUUUGGACGGUAGAUCCGACUGAUCUCAUUGGUGGGGAAGCAGUGUCUCGCAUCGGACGAGGUGGUCCUAGAAAGCUGCUUUUGCUCCACAGCUGAGGUCACACAUGAUACUGAACAAUAACAAAUGAACUCCAUUAUAUCCCUUUUAUAAAGACCCAGAUCCCUCACUACCCUGCUGGCUGAACAACGGCUCCAAUCGCUCUGAUGGCAACAGGGGACAAAACCAACUGUAGCACUGAAACACCUUUGAACCUCCCUCGCAACCCAAAUGGAGGCCAAAGUUCAGCUUCAAUGAAAUUAAGCACAAAGAGAAUAUUGAUACUAAACAGCACUGCUUCCGUUUGCAAAUGAUGCAGGAAGUACUGUAGGUCUGCAGAUGACUCGGUCUCGGUUUGAACACAAAAUGAGCAACCAGUGAAGGUUUAUAAGCAGUUAUUUGUGCCAGGAGGAGUUUAAAUUGUUGUAUCUGAAUUUGAAGUAAUUUCAAGCUCAACAGGUAUGAAACCAGACUGGAUUAAAUCCAAGUUGAUGCUUCAGUACAAACAACCUCAGAGAUCAACCCCAUGGUAUAGAGUUGACGACAUGAGAAUGACCAGACAUUCCUGCAUGUUCGUUUUUCUCAUGUGUGAACUCGCUCGCUUGUUCUAGAGCUUUUGAUCUUAAUCAGAUGAGCUGUGCAAAUAACUCUCACUUUAUUUAAACGUGUGAAUUCUGAGUGUUUAACUUAUGCUCUAUAUAGUUCCUUCAAAAAACGUCAACAAUGGGAAGAAAUUGAACAAACCCAAAACACAAUAUAACGCAUUUGAAAGAGAUGAAAUCAGGUUUGUGUUGCACUUGUCAGUGACGAUCUGAAAUUAUUCAAAUCUUUACGUGUAUCUAAUUAACAACUAUAGAAUAAUCUAAUGACUGUCUAUUUAUUAGGUUUGUAGGAAAUGAGGGGACUGAUUUUGGGCAUAGUGAUGUUUAAAUUUGAGCUGAUUGUGAGCACUUUUAGGACUUCUCGUCCAUAUUCAUGAUAUAUUAUUAAGUUUGAUGACGCUGAGCUCCUUAAAUCCAGAUCCAAAUUCAAAACCUGGCACAAAUAUCUUCGCAUUCAUCUUCAACACAGUGAUAGAAUACUGACGCUGUUGCAGAGACUAGAUGAGUUAUUCAGCUGCUCGUAUUUGAUCCCAAAUAGAAACGUUAGACACCCCUUUAGGGCGGUGAAGGGUUCUGGGUCUCGGCAGCACACAAUGACAACACACCUGCAUUCCAUCCCUGCUGAGAAAUACAUAUCAUAAGGGAAACCAGAGCUGUUUCAGUUUUUCGUUUUAACGUGUUUGAAUGUGUAUAAUGUCAUGGAGUCUGUCAGAAGAAUGAUAUGCAGUGUUAAGGAAUACUUACUUCUAUCUCAAUGUAACAUAGGAAAUGCUCUCCCUUGGUUCUCUCUCUGUCCUGCUCUCCUGGUGAGAGAUGAAGGGAGGCAUCUCGGUGUUUUAUUUUAUUUUUUCUGUUUUUAUUUUUGAAUUUUUUUAAAGCUGGAAAACCUUCACAGCCGAAGAAUGUCCACAUCCACCCCGAAGCGCCCAGGACAGCCGCCAGGCGCCUGGCCGCGGCAGGGACCGUUAUCUGCUCCUUAAAUUCACAAUGCUGAAUUUCUCUUGUUCGUUUCUGUUGAAUGUUGUACCGACGUAACUGUAAUACUCUACUAUCUAGCUCACUGCAGAGAUGUUAUAUAAAUGGUGUGUGCUUUGCAUUCCAAUUGGCAGCUCUGUGGAAAAGACGCUCUGUUAUGUGUCCUUGGGAACAUCAACUCACAUCCAAGUGUAAAAAAGAAAAAGAAAAGGAGGAGGAGGAGGAGGAGGAGGAAACGCAACUUGGUUGGCGGAUCUGAGCAUCCAGGUCGGACUCCACACAACACACGAGUAUAUAUAAUUUGGGACAAUGAGUCAGAGGAGCCCACGAACGGGAGAAAUGGACGACCAAGUCACCUCAGCAGACGAUAUCGUCAGUAUGUUCUGUUCCUGUUCCAUGUCAAACAACAGAGCUGCUUGUGUUUCCCUCCUGGGCCACGGAGCCAAUCAGCUGUCGUCAAUCAAUCAAACCCAAUCAGUCGACAGCUGUUUGGUUAACAGGUCAACUCGUGAACUAGGGUUGGACCGAUAUGGGGUUUUAAGAAACUGAUAGACAUUUUUUUGGAUUGAAUCAGCUGAUUUAUUUUUGUGUCAAUAAUUGGUCAAAGGAAAAAUUGAUCUUCCGAUACUCUUAAACAGUUUGACAUCAGCCUGGGUGUUGAGUGCAUGCAGGGCUUUCCCAAGAAAGGCUUUCAACAACACCCACACAACCUCCCUUCGCUGGGAAUAUCUCAAAGCUGCACUAAUCAAUAUUUUUCUAUGAACAAGGACAAACUAUCAACAAACUCUGCAGUCCUAUGGAGUCUCUUUUUAGCCUCUUUUAGUGCUUUGGGUUAGUUUUGAAGCAGAGCAACAUAACAGUUUUAACCUAGUUUCCAACUGCAACCACCAGCUGUUUGCAAUCUAAAAGCUCUGAUACACCCACUGUACACUAUACCUGGUCAGAGCUAAACGACAAACAGACAGAGUUAGCGAUACGCUAACUAGCAUCAGAGCUAAAAGAGAGUGACUUUUGCUUUACGUUUGUCAAAAUGGCCAGAAACACGACUCAAAAUGAAUGCUUAUGUUGCUUUGUGUGUGCUGGACGUGUAAUAUAGACGACUGUAUGCUAACACGUUUACCGUAACGACCUCAUGAUGUGUCAAUGUUGUGAUCACAUGCUUGUUCUGCUGCAUCCAAGUGGCCAAACAAAAAAGUUACCGCAGCCUUAAAGUGUGGUUACAUUGUUCACAUUUUGGCAAUUAUAUACAGGAAUAAAAUGAUAAAUCUAUACAAAAUUCAAAGUUGCUGCAAAAUCUGAAAUUUUAUUGAUGCUAUGUUGGCAGAGCGGGAAAAGUGAUAAAACUCCCCAAUAUUCUGACUUGGAAAAUGUCAAUGCAUUAUUAGAAGACGGUUAGCCUCCUUUGCUAACCUUGAAGACACAACAUAGAAAUCUAAUUAGCAAUUUUUAACAUGUUACGAAUCGACUGAAUUAUACUCAAUAUUGGAUUUUAUUCCAAUGUAACCGUCACUUAUUUGUUAACACUUAUGUAAUUAUUUUCACCGCGUGUCAGAAAUUUCCGAUAUUUGAGUAAGAGGCUGACUUAACUUUUUUUUUUUUCCACUCGGGAUUUGCGGUCUGAACAACUUGAACUUGAGUGCAGUAUUAGCUUACUUACUAUCUUGCUUCUCAACUAAUUAAAACACAAGAACAUAGCAUUACGGACGUGAAGACUCAGGCCCACAUAUCGGUUUAACCCUAGAUAGAACAGCCAGACGACAUGAACCUCAGUAUCAAUCAUCCACCGUGGGUAGCUCUGUUGUUGUCCGUCCUGGAGGUGUUUCCUGGUAGGCAUCACAAACUGUCCACAGUCGCCUUCUUCCCCCCCCCCCCAUCGGUGUCAAGAGAACCUCACCACCAAUCAUAAUGCAGUGUUGUAUAUUUGUGUUAAUAUGAAACAUGAUGGUCACGAGAGUGAAAGUCGACCUCACGAGUGGCUCUGAGGUUUGAGCCCAAGUCUGUUUCAGCUCUCCAUUUUGAAUAUUGUCUUUGUUUGUACAUUAACAUAUGCUUUUUAUGUUCAUAUACUGUUAAACUUUACCAUGAACUGUCCUGGCAAAGUAAUAAAAUAUAUUUAUUUUAAAA